CAGCAGUACAAAUGAAGAUGGCAGUCCCAAGAAAACCACGGGCAGACGACAAGGAGAGGAAAAAGAAACGCCUCAAGCUGAAGAUUCCAAAGCCAGGAGAGGCUCCUCUUGGCCAACAAAUGCCUCCAGGUGGUGCUGGUGUGAAGGAGACAGAUGAGUAUGACUUCAGUAGUGACAUGGGACCAGCAUUUGGACAUCCAUACGCACAACCAGUUGUGAAAAGAAACUUUGGUGUUUAUGCCAGUUUCUUCAGCCUGUUAAGAGACUUUAUUUCUGAGAGUUCAGAAAGUAAAGUUACAACUACUAAGCUGGAGCAGCAAGUGUUGGAGUGGCAGAAUUCUCCCAGUAGUAAACUCAAUGUUUGGGUUUCCAUGGAGAAGAACUGGGUGGAGCUGGUGUCGUCUGCUCUCAAGUUUCUCUCAGGAGAUAUCUUGGGUCUAACAUUAGAAAAGUUCAUUCCAUUGGUUGACUUCAAAGAACGUGCCCAGAUCUGGAAGUGGAUAGGUCAAGGUCAUGAUAAUGAUGCAUAUUUGACAAUGCUGUGCACUCAUUGGCUUGAGCAGAGAAAGCAAAGUAUUCUGGAGUCUGGUGAUGCCAAUGAUGAGGUGCCACCUGCCAGAGUGAAAACUGAUUUUGUGGUGAGGCCAACCACAGACAUGGAGAAGGUUGUGUUCAGGGCACAGGAGUUGGAAAGGUUUUCCAGCCCCCAUAAAGCCUUUACAUACAAGCUGCAUGGCUAUGAGUCCACAGUGGGGCCUGUAAAGGGGGUCUACAAUAAGGAGAGUCCUAUGAACAAAGCCAGAGAACACAACCUCCUAGUAAAUGAGAGGCCUGCUUAUGUGACUAUUUUAACAUUGGUGCGAGACUCAGCAGCGAGACUGCCCAACGGAGAAGGAACCAGGGCAGACAUAUGUGAGCUCCUCAAAGAUUCUCAGUUUCUCUCACCAGGGGUCUCUGAUGCACAGGUGAAUACAGUGGUCAGUGGAGCCCUGGACAGACUGCACUAUGAGAAGGACCCCUGUGUGAAAUAUGACGUCAACAGGAAGCUGUGGAUAUAUCUACACAGGAGCAGGUCAGAGGAGGAAUUUGAGUUAAUCCACCAAGCCCAUGGUGCUGCUGCUAAAGCCAAGAGAGCAAUGCAGAAACCAAAGGCGACUAAAUCAAGAGCCAAGGAGCCGACCACAGUGACCACCAUUCCCCCUCCCCAGACCCAGGCAGCUGAGGAUGCGGCAGCAGUGGAGGCUCUGUUCCAGGGACAGGUACCUGCCUCCCAGGCCAAUAGCCCCAGGGUGGUCACACUGACCCCAGGGAUGGUGAGGAUGACCCCACCCUCUCCACAGACUACACAGGCCAGUCAGCGAGGCAUGGAGACAGUCUUCCUCCAGCCAGGACAGAGGUUUGCUCCCCAGGGGAUGAUAUCCCAGAGCCAGCCCGGGACACCCGCUUCUUCCGGGACACCCACUCAGUCCCUGUACCAGAUUGGAGGUCAGCGGAUGACUUCCAGUCCCAGACAGACUGUGGUGGGAAAUAAACCGUACUCAUAUAGCAUAGUACAGAGUCAGGGGCUUCCUGGCCAGGGCAGCCCCCAGACUGCAGGCAAGACUGUCUUGGUGACGCAGCCACACCCUGGUGGUAGUCCACAACAACAGUUGCAGACCAGUCCACGGGCAGUGUCUGCUAGCCCUACUGUAGGGGUGACCUCCCAGCCCAGUACCCCCACCUCCACCCCGGCAAGCUCCAGCCCCAAGCCCAGUCCUGCCACCUCCUCUGGUGCCUCCAGCCCUCUCAUAGCCAGGAUAGUACAACAGGGACCCAGGGGGACACAGCUGAUGUCAGUUGGGAAUCUCCUAGCAGCUGUUCAGAAACAGCAAAGUGCCCCCCAGGGACAGGGGGCUACCACUAUCAAAAUACAAGGUACCAACAUUGUCCACCAGGUCUCAGGCAAGCCCACUCAUGUGAUCAGUGGAGGGAAGCCAGGGGGCGCCACUGCAGGUGGUGGAAAGCCAAUAACACUGACUCAUGUUGGUGGUAAGCCGGCCACUCUGUUACAGCCUGGUGGGAAGCCUGCCACAGUGCUCAUGUCUUCCAUGGCCAGGAACACCACUGGGGGAAAACCAACACAGAUUGUUUACUCUGCAGGCAAACCAGGCCAGAUGGGAGGCAAGCCCCUCACCAUGGUAACCCAGAUAGGUGGGAAGCCUGUUGCCAUAGCAACUCAGUCACCAGAGAAACAGCAGCCUGUGACAGGCCAGACCAGGAUGGUGAUGGGAGGAAAACCUGUACAGAUUGGAGGAAAACCAGUUUAUCUGACCACCAGUAAGCAAGGAUUUUCUGGCAAGCCAGCUGCCAUGACACGACUCACAACCACAUCUGGCUCCAGUAUCCUUCAGACCCAGAGGAACCAGCCCGUGACCCCUGGCAGCCCCAGGACAGGGUCUCCUAAGGUGGUGAUGUCCCCAGUGCAGGCGGGGCUGAUACUAACACAGCUGGCACAGGGACAGGGAGGAAAACCAGCUGCCCAAAUCAAACAAACAAGCAGCCAGUCAGGAGGCAAUUCAACUCAAUUCAUUAUGCAAACAGGUCAAGGCCAGACCAAGGUCAUAUCCCCUCAUCAGAUUGUAUCUCAAGGUGGAAAGCCCCAGAACAUCCAGGUCCUUAGGACAGUGUUAACUCAGGCUGGAGGAAAACCUGGGCAGACGACAUUUGUCAUCACUCAAGCUGGACUGCAACAGUCACAAGGUGGCAGCACAAGCCAGGAAGGGACCCAGGAAGAAACAAGGGGAGUGACCAAAACAACAACAGCCAGUGUUAAAGUUUCAAAACCAGGUAGUGCUCCAGUUUAUGCAAGAAUAAUAACUCCUCCCCCAGGUGUGAGAUUGACAGCUGUCACUCAGAGUCAGGCCACACCUACCCAGACAGCAAGUGUCAUUCAGACUUCAGGAAAAAUACAGACCUCUACACCUCCAGUCACAAAACCCAGUUAACUUUUAUAGUAACAUGGAAU